AUAGAAAUAGAGAUAGAGAUAGAGAUAGAUAGUCGUCGCGUCGUUAUAAAAUAUGACGACAUUCCUUCUAUAUACCUGACGAUUCGUCGUCUGUGUUCACACGCUAGCUAUAUAUCUAUACAUACAUAACAUAUAUAUAUAUAUAUAAAACCAGUGAGGAAGAAGAGAGAACCUUAAUGACGAAUCGAUAUAAUACGAAUAUACGAUAUCCUACAAUUGUGACAUCUAACACAAACGAUACGAAGUAACUAACUGCAAUACGCUUUGACCUAAUCCGACUAACCUAAUCGAAUCCAAGACGUCCAUAUUGGUUCUACAUUGAUUGGAACAGAUUUAUUCGAAUUCGUUGAUUUCAAUCGUAUAAUAAUAACGAUUAUUACUAUCGAUAUAUAUAUAUAUCUUUAUAUACAAUAUAUAAAUAUAUAUUAUAUAUUAUAUAUAUAUAUACGAUAUCCACUUAAUAAUCGCUCUUCAAAAUAACGUCCAAAUUUUGGCGCGAAAUCCAAUCACGUCUAUCUCUCUCUUUUUACGGAAGGAUUAAACUAUGUGACCUAGGUGGCGCCACCGUACGUACCGAAAACAGAAAGCCAAACCGGUCAUGGGGGGCUAGUUAACGACUGUACGCCGCGCUUGCGAAUACACGAUGGGAGGCAUGGGAGCGUAUAUGUCGAAACCCAUUACAAAUAAGAUUUCAACCGACGAAGUUGGGAAAAAUGUUGCUUUCGGCGCGAGUUCGAUGCAAGGUUGGCGUAUCAGUCAAGAGGAUGCCCACAACUGUUGUAUAGACUUUGACAAAGAUGUUUCCUUAUUCGCUGUAUACGAUGGCCAUGGUGGACACGAGGUAGCAACAUAUUGUGCUCGUAAUCUUCCAAACUUUAUUAAACAAACCGAGGCGUAUAAAAGAGGUGAUAUUAGGCAAGCAUUAAUCGACGCCUUUUUGGGCUUCGAUGCCACGCUAGCAAAGCCCGAAGUAGUUAGUAUUCUUAAAGAACUGGCAAGGCCAUCAACUUCGGAUAAUAAAGAGGAUGACCUUAACGACUCCGAUGAAGAAGAAAAUGUUAGCAAUCUACGUAUGGAAGCAGCAAUGCCAUUGGAUCAAGUUAUAGGGAAAUAUCAAUCGGAAGUAUCAAAUCCUCAUGCUAACAAUUUGAAAAAUGAGAAAUCUAGCAAACGAGCGUGUCCGUAUUUAAGAGGAAGAAAAGAGAAAGACAAAGCUAGUUGCUCGUCGUCGGGUGCAGGUUGUUCUUCUUCGUCAUCCGCAUGGAAUACGAACGAAGCUGAUGUGAGUAGCUCUAGCCAACCAUGUGGUUCGUCUAUGUCAAGCACGAUGAAAAGAAAAGAAUCAUCUGGAAGUAAUGAAGCUGAACAAGUUCUUGACUCUACUACCAGCAAUGGAAAUAUGCAUGCAUCUGUACCUGUAGUCUCUACCGAUGAUAUGGAAACAGCGAAAUCUGCCGACAUGCCGGAUAGUUCAGAAGAUGUUAAAGAAAAAGUAUCGAGUCCUGGAAAAUCAGCAUGUUCGGUACCUGUUACAAAUGAAGUUGAAUUAAACGGAGCAAAAUCAAAAAGAAUAGAAGAUGCAGAUAGUAGUAAAGGAGGGGGCGACAAUGUGUCAAGCAGUUCUUGUACGCCAGUAGAAAAUGGAGAUGCCGGACAACAAGAGAGAAUAAGUAGCAGUGAUCGAAGAAGAGUUCAAUCGAUCGAGCUUUACCAAAGUUUUUUAAAGAAGAAUGAUGAAGAGUCCGAAGGGGACGACGAUGAUGAUGAAAACGAUGAAAGCUUCGAUGGAGUCCCCGAAAGUUUUAGUGAUGAAGAUGACACGGAAGAUGUCGACGAAGAUGAGAGUGACGAAGACGAAGAUGGUGAGGAUGACGAUGACAAAGAUGACGACGACAAAGAUGACGAUGAAGAUGAUGUACUAAACAUAGAAGAGCCAGGUUCCGACAGUGGAUGUACAGCAGUUGUCGCCAUACUUAAAGAAAAUGAGUUGUAUGUAGCUAACGCAGGAGAUUCACGAUGCGUUUUGUGUAGAGAUGGUCAAGCCCUCGAACUCAGUCUGGAUCAUAAGCCUGAGGACGAGCCAGAAAUGAAACGUAUAAGAAAAGCUGGUGGAAAAGUUACAUUCGAUGGGAGAGUUAAUGGUGGCCUUAAUCUUUCAAGAGCGCUUGGAGAUCACGCAUACAAACAGAACACAGUUUUGCCUCCGCAAGAACAAAUGAUAUCAGCACUCCCAGAUGUAAGGCAUAUUACCAUUGAACCAGAAAGGGAUGAAUUUAUGAUAUUGGCUUGCGAUGGUAUUUGGAAUUUCAUGUCGAGUCAGGAUGUUGUACAAUUCAUUAAAACACGUUUAACCGAAAAGUACGAUAACAUUUCUAAAAUUUGCGAAGAGUUAUUCGAUCAUUGUCUCGCGCCAGAUACGUUAGGUGAUGGUACAGGAUGUGACAAUAUGACUGCAGUUAUCGUACGAUUUAAACCACCUUCCUCGAAUGCAACGAAUGCAACUAUAGCUGAAGUUUGUGUACAAGAAAAAAGAUCGGUGUCACCUUCUAGCCCUAAUAAAGAAAGCAACGAUUGCGUUACAGAAGAAAAUAGAAUGCAAUCUUGCAAACGUCUUAAGACAGAGGCAGCUAUCUAAAUUACCAACUGAAAGAAAAACGAAUGAAAAAGAAAAAGGAAAAGAAAAAAAUAUAACGCGAUAUAUAAACUGAUCUCUUCUCUCUGGAAACAGGUGGAUGAAUGUGAAUUCAUGUCAAAUGAUUUAUCAUACUGUAAAACUGUGAAUUGAACACGGAUGUAUGAUCAUUAACGUACAGUAACAGUUACUACACUAAUGUGUUAAAAAGGAAGAGUGCGUUAGUGUGUUGGCUAAUGGUGAUAGACUGAACGAUUGGAGCAUAUGGAGAUGAUACGCUUCUUUUUUUUUUGCUUUCUAUUUUUUUUUUUUUUUUUUUUUUUUUUUGACUUUUCUUCAUCAUGAAAAUUUUCACGAUACGUGCCCUUGAGAAAUUUCUCUUAUACUUUUAUUUAUCUGCUUUCUUUUUCUUUUUCUUUUUUUUUUUUUUUUUGUCGGUCAAAUAAGACACUAUAAAAAUCUCAAAAUAAUUUUCCAUAUAGUUGAGACAAUCGUAAAUUAAUAAAGGUCCUUUAAAACCUCGUCGUGUUCGAUAUUA